CUUGUGGCUUUUUAUAAAAUUAAAAUUGUUGUGUUAAUAAUACCUACAAUUUAUUACUUUUAUGCUUAUUUUUUUAUUGACUCUUUAAUUGACUAUUUAAAAUAAGGCAAGUACAUUUAAUAAGAAAUCCGUGUUUUAUAAUUCAUAGUACUCAAAAAGUAAAUAAUAGUAUUCAGUUUUUUCUAAUUGUAAGUGCAAUAUGUCAGACCGAAAAGCGGAAUUAGAAAAAAAGAAAGCAAAAUUACAAGCCAUCAGAGAACAAAAAGAACGUCUUCGUAAAGAAAAAGAAAAAAAAGAUGUAAAUGGAGAUGAAGCAGUUUCUCGUGGUAUUAGUGUUGAGAAAGAUCAAGGUAAAGAAAUUGAUGAAAUGUUAUCAUCUCUCGGAGUUGCACCAGUUUCCGAUGUAUUGUCAAGUUUAACCAUUUCACCAAACAAAAGUGAAUUAUACAGUUCUAUGUCAACUCCUGAUUCUAGUAUCAAAGGAUCAUUACCUCAGACUCCUUCUACUUGUCCAAAACCAGCGAAGAAAGUUCGUGAGUUAUCAAUUGUUUCUUUAUCUUCUACUAAUAUUCCACCUAAAGAAGUUGAAUGCUAUACUAAAGCUGUUCAAACUACACAUUCAUCUAAUGAAAGAGACGGAUCCUGCACUUCUUCCCCUCUUAAAGGUUAUUUUGAAGAUUGGUGGAGGCCUAGAAAAGAUGGGGGCAAUAUUGGAAAUCAUGGAUCAUUCUCAUCAACAGCUCAAGCCUUUGGAUAUUACGACGAAUACAACUUAAAUCCUGGCUUGGAAUGGGAAGACGAAUUUACAGUUCUUACGUAUGAUGAUGGUUCUGGUCAAGCGGAAGAUGAAGAUAUCAGCCUCACAAAUUUGUCCACAUUCCAAAGCAAGCUACCUCCAGGUAUCCUAUCUCAAGGACUCCCACAGGUUAAAGAAGUUGCACCUGCUAUUACUUCCUUGGAAAGAGAACUAAUUGUUAAAGAAGAAACAAAAAAGAUUAGAGAAUUUAGUGAUGCAGAAAAAAUGAUGAUAAUUCAUUCUGAAGAUUUUCAACAAUUUAUGGAUCGUGCUGGACGUGUUAUGGAACGAGCUUUAUCUGAAAAUGUAGAUAUCUAUACAGAUUAUACUGGUGCUUUAGAUGAUAAUGAUGUAAAUGAAGAUAAAAGUAGUACUCGUUUAUCAUUGACACGCGUAUUUUUUGAUGAACAUUGGUCAAAAAAUCGCCUAGUUACAUCCUUAGAUUGGUCUCAACAAUUUCCAGAACUUACUGUUGCAUCUUAUAAUAUUUCUGAUGCACCCCAUGAACCAGAUGGUGUAGUUCUUAUAUGGAAUACUAAAUUCAAAAAGAAUUCUCCUGAAUAUGUGUUUCAUUGUCAGUCAAGAGUACUCUCAGCCACAUUUGCUAGAUUUCAUCCAAAUUUAAUUUUGGGAAGUACUUAUUCUGGCCAAAUAGUUUUAUGGGAUAAUCGAGCACAAAAGAAAACUCCUAUUCAAAGAACCCCUUUGUCAAAUACUGCACAUACUCACCCAGUAUACUGCAUUCAAGUUGUGGGCACACAAAAUGCACAUAACCUCAUAAGUGUUUCAACUGAUGGACGAUUAUGUUGUUGGAGUUUAGAUAUGUUAACUCAACCAGUUGAACGUCUUGAUUUAACUGCUAAACAAUCUAAAUCUGUUUCAGUUUCUACAUUUGCUUUUUUGCAUGAUGAUGUUAAUAAAUUUGUUUUUGGUAGCCAAGAAGGAUCUGCAUAUUCUGCAUGUCGGCAUACAAAAAAAGCUGGAGUUGUUGAAAGUUAUGAAAGUCAUAUUGCUCCAAUUACAGCCAUUGAUACCCAUUGUGUUGAAGGGAACACUGAUUUCAGUCAUCUUUUUUUAACUAGCUCAAUUGAUUGGACUAUUAAACUAUGGAAUAUAAAGGAAUCAAAACCAAUUCACUCAUUUGAAAACAACAAUGAUUAUGUAAGCAGUGUUGCUUGGUCUCCUGUACAUCCAUCUGUAUUUGCUGCAGUUGAUGUUACUGGCCGUUUAGACUUAUGGAACCUUAAUAAUAAUACAGAAUCACCUACUGCCAGUACAGUACUUGAUAAUUCACCAUUGUUAAAAAGUCUUAUGUGGUCACAGAAUGGAACUCAUUUGAGUGUUGGUGAUGAAUAUGGAAAAAUAUCUGUGUUUGAAGUUGGAGAGCAAAUGACACAACCAAGACAUGAUGAUUGGUCAAAGCUUUCUAACACAUUACAAGAAUUAAAAAGUAAUCAAACAGAUGAGAUGGAUAAAUCUAUUAACUACAGUUCAGGAUCAGUUUCCUCUGUGUUCUCUAGAUCUUCUAGUAUUUUGAUGAAAUAAAUAAGCUUUUAUAUAGUA